GAGAUUCCGUUAAAAAAAACAGAUUAAUUAAAUUUUAUAAACUAAAUAAAUAAACUUCUGACCGGUCAUCAAGCUGUGGUUGUUGUUAUAGGCGCAAGCUCCUUCUCUAUUCCCGCCUACAACUCAAACCCUAAUUUCUCUCUCACUCUAAUUUUCUUCAAUUACUUUUAGGGUUAGGUUUUCUAUUCAUCCAUUUUCCCCCAAUUGAUUUGAAGGGGUUUGUGUGAAUUUUGUAAUUUUUGGUGAAUUAAGCGUUGAUGUGUGUGAAGUUAUGAGAUUAUUGUAUUUAGCUUGUAUUGGUUCUGGUAAUCGUCUUGUUGUGUUUGAUGAAUCUGAAUUAUUACUGUGUCUGUAAAAUGCCAUCCAGUUAUUUUUCGAGGCUCGGAUCUAUUUUGGGGAAAAAAAUUGGAAUUCAGGAUUCUGCUGAAAUUCUGAUUGGACAAGGGAAGUUAUGGUUUGGUAGUGGUUCUAAGUUUUUUCAUUCUGUGAAUAAAUCAAGUUCAUUUUUUGUCGAGGCAACCCUUUUUGCACGUCCCGGGGUUGCCUUAGAUUCCAGUCCGGAGUUUGUAGGUAAAAGAAGAACGUUGACGGUUGUUGAUACAUUGUCUAGAACGUUUUCGGUUCCGUCUGUAUCAGGGCCAUCGAUUCAGGUUUGUAGUUAUCACAUUGAUCGUGCCCUUUCUGGGGCUGACAAGUUUCAGAUUAAAACAAUGGCUGCCCGCUUACCUGGGAUGGUUGUUUGUGAAGGCUCUUUAGAUAACACGACUCUGAAGCGUGGUUGGAGUUUGUUGUCAACAAAGAGGAGCAAUAGUGUGUAUUUGAACAGUGGUUUGAGGAAUGGUGGAAAAGUGCGCAUGUGUUUGAGUAACCGUCAGCAGCCAGAUAAUGGUGCAAUUUUUGGAUAUUUUGUUUGUAAUGCUGCAAAGAGUUGGCUCAGUUCUUGGCAUUACACACAGUCAGGGUAUGGAGAUUUACAUAGUUUUUCAACAUCGUCUAACUCUGCUGGCCCUGCUCAUGACGUCCCCGUUGACACCGCUGCCCGUGAGGAGAAGCAAAAGAAUUCUGCCGAUUCAUCUGAACUGAAAACUCCUUCCGGGAAAACCCUGAAGCUGGUAUCUGGAUCAUGCUACUUGCCUCAUCCUGAUAAAGAAGAAACUGGUGGAGAAGAUGCUCAUUUUAUAUGUUCUGAGGAACAAGCAGUGGGAGUGGCAGAUGGUGUUGGUGGCUGGGCAGAUGUUGGUGUUAAUUCUGGAUAUUACUCCCGUGAGCUCAUGUCCAAUUCAGUAGAUGCUAUUCGGGAGGAGCCCAAAGGUUCAGUUGACCCAGCUAGGGUGCUGGAAAAAGCAUACUCAAGUACAAAAGCUAAGGGUUCAUCUACAGCAUGCAUCAUUGCUCUUACUGAUCAGGGGCUUCAUGCUAUUAAUUUGGGAGACAGUGGGUUUAUGGUUAUCCGUGAUGGUUGCACCAUAUUCCAGUCUCCAGUGCAGCAACAUGAUUUCAAUUUCACCUAUCAGUUGGAAUGUAGUAGCCAUAGUGAUUUACCUAGUUCUGGUCAGGUUUUUACAGUUGCUGUUGCUCCUGGCGAUGUCAUAGUUGCUGGAACAGAUGGGCUGUUUGAUAACCUAUACAAUAAUGAGAUUACGGCGGUGGUGGUUCAUGGUGUAAGAGCUGGCUUCAGCCCUCAGGUCACAGCUCAGAAGAUAGCUGCAUUGGCACGUCAACGGGCACUGGAUAAAGACAGGCAGACUCCUUUUUCAACUGCUGCACAAGAUGCUGGAUUUCGCUACUAUGGUGGCAAGCUUGAUGACACCACGGUUGUAGUUUCAUAUAUUACUGGUUCUGGGGAUACGUAGAAUCGUUUUGCCGUACCCCCUUGUACAUAUACACACACAUUUUGUCCAAGUGAUGACUUGUUAUUUUGAAGUCACAUUCUGUUGAGAUGUCCUUUGAACUUAAAAAUCUUGCUCGGCCAUUUUAUCCUUUGGUUUGUUUUUUUCCGACCAUUUAGUUGCUAAAAUGUGAAUGUAUGCCUAGUUAGACUUGAAUGUAAUAAUAUUAAGGUUGACAAUGAUGUACCGAGUCUAUUGACUUUUGUGUUGAGAUUGUUCUUGACACCAGUGUUGUAAUAAAAUCAAAUAUCAAUUUUUGUCUCCUAUAA